GGCGAAUGACACGUCUUUAUCGUUAUCUUUGGGAUAGGGUUGUGUGUGUGUUUAUUGUUUUGAAAGAAGCGGUUGUGUUAUAAUAGAUUACAAAUAGAUUACAGAUCAGGUAGCUUAACAUGUGCUGGAGAAUAGGUACAUGAAGUGGCAAGGAAGCAAGAGCUGAAUAAUCUAUCACUAGGACUUAGGACUUACAUCUGGUUCUUGUAGUUGCUUGCAAGGUGAACAUAAUGCAGGCACUCAACGUAGCCAAGCAGGUAUGUCAGAUUCAUACUUCAGCGCGACCCCAUCAAAUAAUCAAGCUUACAAGGAUGAGAGUUGUGGAUAAUAGUCAGAUCGGGAAACUGGCCAUGGCUGAAGGGAAACCACCAAGGUGUAUUCAUGUUUACAACAAGAAAGGUGUAGGCACUAUUGGUGACAAGAUACUGGUUGCAAUCAAAGGCCAAAAGAAGAAAGGCGUGAUAGUUGGUGUGAAACAGAAGCAGCCACCUUUGGUGCCUAAAUUCGACAGUAACAAUUUGGUGCUGAUAGAUGAUAAUGGAACUCCACUAGGAACACGCAUUCAUGUGCCCAUACCUACAGUUCUACGUCGCAUUCUGAAAGAGCGUACACACGCAAAAGGCACGGAUUAUACAAAACUGUUAGCUAUAGCAACUAGAUUUGUGUGAUGUAUUGAAAUGGUAGAACUGUACAAAAAUUUUGCUUAUGGCACUGUUAAAAGAUGAUGUACUAUACUGUCUUGGUAAAAAAAAUAAAAAUCAUUUAGCCUA